AUGGAAGCGAAGCAGGGGCCGUCUUCUCGAAAGGAUCAGCAUCUGCAGCCGACUGUGGUAUCAACUCUGCUUGCAAAGUCGAUCUUCGUCACGUCCGUUCGGUCCGGUCAGCAGCUUGACAGAACCCACCGGUGGGACAGCAUUAGCCGGUGGAUCUGGCCGCAUCAGUGCAAUCGGCGUCCCCGAUUUGACAACCACAACUACUUGGCCAUGGUCGUGUGCCGCGGACGAGUACAAGCUUCAGCAGCUUCCAUCGUCGCAGCGAACACCAGUUCACUCAUCAGUGGACAACUAUAUGAACCCUUCGCGCACAUGGGCGCUUACGAACAACUGUUAACGCAAUCUUCUCACCUCAGCUCGCUGACAGCUCGAAGUCGGACUUUGACGAGAUGGAAGUUUGGUCUAUUCUCGGGAAUGGUUACGCCAACCGUUGCAGUUCAAACCUAUGCCUUGCUUCAUCAUUUCUUUCACGGAAGAAGCGGAGACUUGCUGCAAGGUCGAUUGUUCCUGAUACGCAAUCGAAAAUCACGGCUACACUUUAUCGAUAUGGUGGCGGUUUUCAACCCUGCACUUGUGAUGCGCCAAUCGCUCAUUGAGUUGCGCAUCGGAAUCCUCCAAAAGGACGCAACAGCCUAUUACAUGCCCCAUUUACGGUUUGUUUCCAAACCUGGUCCCCGGUCAACGGCAACUCAACACAUGCCCCGUCGCAAGCGUCUUGCACACUGCAAGCCUCUUGCAUAUCGUCACAACUGCCACUUCUGCACGCUUACCUCUUCUGACCCAGGGCCCCGGGACUUGAGAAAUAGAAACUUUCCUAAUGUGGUUAUCGCACGCUAUCGGCACGAAGUUGUCCUCGUCACCUUUUGGUCAGAUUCCAUCACCUGUGCUACGAUAGCAUCACGGAUGGAUGGUCGCACUUGCAUGAGGGAUGUAUUCUGGUCAUUACAAGACGCCUCAGCUUUUGCGCUGACAGUCUCGUGGUCCAAACGACAACAUCACUUUCAAAGGCGGACGCAUGAUUACAUCUGCACCAAGUCAUCCCUCUCUCAUCCGAUUCUGAUGUGA